GAUGAGGAAUAUUACUCGCGAAUAUUUUUGUACUUGCAACCUCACUAGCUUGCCUAUAUACUUCAUCGUAUAUUUUCCCUUACUCUAUACUGACAAGUUUUUUGUUUAAACAUUCAUUGGAGGAUGAUCUUGUCGGGUAUCUUUUGUGCCCUUGUUCUUUUAUCUUCCCAAAUUUUUACAGUCAGUUCCGAAGAAAAUCUUGAUGCUCACCGGGAUGUUACUCUCCGCACCAAGGCGGAGACGUAUUUACAGAUAAGAAAAGGGUCAUCAUUUAAGAUUGCCAUAUUUGCCGACUUGCAUUUUGGAGAGGCCGCAUCGACACUUUGGGGUCCACAACAAGAUUUGAAGUCAGCAAAGGUCAUGUCGACGAUCUUAGAUAAUGAACACCCAGAUUUUGUGGUUUAUCUUGGGGAUGUCAUUACAGCCAACAAUAUACCAAUUGAAAAUGCUAGCUUGUAUUGGAAUCAGGCAUUGUCCCCUACAAGAUCAAGGAACACACCAUGGGCCAGUGUGUUUGGGAACCACGAUGAUGCAUCAUUUGAGUGGCCGUUAGAGUGGUUUUCUGCCUCUGGAAUUCCUCCAGUAGAUUGUCCAUCAAAAAUUUCAGGAGAGGCAUGCAGCUUCAAGGGCACAUCACGUCUGGAGCUGAUGAAGAACGAGAUUGAACAGAACACAUUUUCAUACUCUAGAAGUGGUCCUAAAAAUCUUUGGCCAAGUAUAUCUAACUACGUCCUCCAGGUUUCAUCAUCUAAUGAUUCUCAAGUGCCAGUGGCGUUCAUGUACUUCUUUGAUUCUGGUGGCGGGUCAUACCCCGAGAUACUAUCAACUGCUCAGGCAGAAUGGUUUCGUGUCAAAUCUCAACAAUUAAAUCCUGAUGCAAGGUUGCCAGAGAUAAUUUUUUGGCAUAUACCAAGCAAAGCCUACAAGAAGGUUGCACCAAAGUUUAAAUUUCAUAACCAUUGUGUGGGCUCAAUGUUCGGGGAGACUGUAACUCCUCAAGAAGCUGAAAUGGGGAUAAUGAAAAUUCUUAGGAAAAGGUCUUCUGUCAAGGCAGUAUUUGUAGGUCAUAACCAUGGCUUGGAUUGGUGCUGCCCUGACAAAAAGCUGUGGCUAUGCUUUGCAAGACAUACUGGUUAUGGUGGAUAUGGCAACUGGCCCAGAGGAUCUAGAAUUCUGGAGUUAACCCAGGACCCCUUCUCAAUAAAAUCGUGGAUUCGGAUGGAAGAUGGCCAUAAACACAGUGAUGUUCUCUUGAGCUCUUGACAUGUUGCAACCUUCUAUUCUCUUUCAUACUCAAGAUCUCUACGGAAGUAAAUGGUCUAUUUCAGUCAAAGAAACAGAAUUGCCUGCUUCUAAAAACUGAUGAAUGAUAAGAAACAUGCGUUUGACACACGAUCUCUUUUAAAUGGUCAAAACAGUAUAUCACUUCAAUCAUGGUGCUAUUUGUGAGUAGAUUGGUUUGGUUUUUAUGUGCUUUAUGAAAAUUUUUGAAUGGCUAUCAGUUGAUUACUUGGUUCAAUUUAGUUACUUGGCAAAGCCAAUGCCAGCAGUAUAAUUAUAUAUAACUGGAACUUUGUAAUCAGCCCCUACUCAAAUAAACUAUGUGCUUAGUUUGUUUCA